AUGGACCCAUUCUACCUCCCCGGGUACUUCCCUUCCAAACCACUGUACGACCCCUUCGUCGAUAACCCCAAGGGUCUACCAGGCCACAUCCUCUUCCCCAUAUUCCUCAUCAUCAUCGCACCAUGGACGCUAUUCUUCGUCCUGCUCAUCCAGCGGACCACGAUGAGACCAUCGAAGAGAAACACCGCGGUGGUAUUGGUCAUAGGGGAUAUAGGUAGAAGUCCUAGGAUGAUGUACCAUACUUCCAGCCUGGCACAGCAUGAUAUAGAGACUUGGGUGGUGGGUUAUGGCGAGACAACACCGAUAAAUGAACUUAUCUCGAAUGAUAAGAUACAUAUUUUACCUUUGUACGAACCGUCAAAGAUUCUCAACAAAUUCCCAUGGAUGAUUAGAGCUCCUAUAAGGGUGAUUGUGCAGAUCUAUUCAGUAAUGAAAUUGAUAAUUUGGGAAAUACCGAUCAAUACCGAAUACAUAUUCGUACAGAACCCACCGUCAAUACCCACUUUAUUUCUGGCGCAAUUCAUCACGCUGAACACCGGCUCGAAGUUGGUGGUGGAUUGGCAUAACACCGGGUAUAGUAUUUUGGCGAUGAGAUUGGGAAUGAGAUCACCUAUAGUGAAGGUAGCUAGAUGGCUCGAGGAGACGUUUGGACGAUCUGCAUAUGCUCAUCUAUUCGUGACGAACGCAUUGAAGGAGUACUUGGCAGAAGACUGGGAAUUAGAAGGUCGGAAAGUAGUCUUACAUGAUAGACCUCCAUCACACUUCAACCGCACUUCACCUUCAGAUCAGCAUGACUUGUUCACAAGGAUCCUUCCCUCUUUGGACCCACCUCUACCACCUUCACUGAACGAUCAAUCCGAACAUUCUACGCCUCUUUCACGUAGGGUCUCCGGUGAGGUGGAACUCAGAGACAGUCGACCAGCUUUGGUAGUCUCUUCAACUUCAUGGACGGCCGAUGAAGAUUUCUCACUAUUGAUCACCGCUUUAGACAAUUACCAGAAGACGAUAAACUCCACUUCGCCGACACAUAGUCUACCGAAGUUAUUAGUGAUCAUCACGGGUAAAGGAGCGUUACGAGCUCAAUUCGAGCAGACCAUCAGCGAGAAAGAGAAAGAAUGGAAGGAUAUAGUCGUUCGAUGUGUAUUCUUGCCAUCUCAGGAUUAUCCUGUUUUAUUGGGAAGCGCAGAUCUAGGUAUAAGUCUGCAUACUAGUUCGUCAGGAAGGGAUCUGCCAAUGAAGGUUAUUGAUAUGUUUGGAUGUCGUCUGCCGGUCUUAGCGAGGAAUUUCGAAUGUAUCGAUGAGCUGGUAAAAGAAGGUAGGAAUGGUAGGAUUUUUGGGACAGGGGAAGAAUUGGGUGAUCAGUUGAUCGAUGUACUGGGAGGAUUCCCACGAUCAGAUAGGUUGGACAAACUGAACAAGUACUUCGAUAACACGGAUACCAGAACAGAGGGGAUAGAAGGUGAAUGGUCGACAUGGGAUGAGAAUUGGGAUAGAGUGGUGUAUCAAGGGUUGAUACGUAGACCGAGAGCCUGA